GUUUAGUACAGAAACCCACCUGCAGGUGUCUCUGCCUCCGCCCACGGUCAGCUGUUCGACUUGAAGAGGGCGGUGCCGAAAAUCAAAUGUGGUAGAGGCAGAAAGAAGGUCACCUUCAUUUUUAUCUAAGAGAUUUGCAAGUACCAAAAAUCACAAUGGAUGAUGAACCAAAGCAACGCUUCAUUGAGCAGGGCUCACACAAGGGCAAGGGUAUUGCCGUGUUCACCAGUGGUGGUGAUUCCCCUGGUAUGAAUGCAGCUGUGCGUGCUGUGGUUCGCAUGGGUAUUUAUCUUGGGUGCAAAGUGUUUUUCAUCAAGGAAGGUUAUCAAGGAAUGGUUGAUGGCGGUGCUAACAUUGAGGAGGCCAACUGGUCUUCUGUGUCAUCCAUUAUCCACAGAGGAGGUACUGUCAUUGGUUCUGCUCGUUGCUCCGAUUUCCGUGACCGCCCUGGUCGCCUGAAGGCUGCUAAGAAUUUAGUUGAUCGUGGUAUCACCAACUUGGUUGUCAUUGGUGGUGACGGUUCCUUGACUGGAGCCAAUCUUUUCCGUCAAGAAUGGAAAAGCCUUCUGGAUGAGCUUCUUUCUACAAAACAAAUCACUCCUGAGCAAAGGGAGAAAUACAAGCACCUCCAUAUUGCUGGUAUGGUUGGAUCCAUUGACAAUGACUUCUGUGGCACAGACAUGACCAUUGGUACUGACUCAGCUCUUCACCGCAUCAUUGAAGCAAUUGAUGCUAUUGUGUCAACUGCUUACUCGCAUCAGCGAACGUUUAUUAUGGAAGUUAUGGGCAGACACUGUGGGUAUCUUGCAAUCGUGGCUGCUUUGACAUCUGAAGCGGACUAUGUGUUUUGCCCCGAAAACCCUCCACCUGUGGACUGGCCCAAAAAGCUGUGUGACAAGUUAGAACAGGAGCGCUCUGCUGGACAGCGGUUGAAUAUCAUCAUUGUAGCUGAGGGAGCCAUUGAUCGUGAUGGAGAACCCAUCAGUGCAGAAAAGGUGAAGCAGGUUGUUGUGGACAACUUGCAACAAGACACCCGCAUUACAGUUCUUGGACAUGUGCAGAGAGGUGGUAGCCCUAGUGCAUUUGACCGAGUUUUGGGAUGUCGUAUGGGAGCUGAAGCUGUAAUGGCUCUGAUGGAAGCAACACCCGAGACAGAGGCGUGUGUCGUCUCCCUUGAUGGUAACCAGGCUGUUCGCCUACCCUUGAUGGAAUGUGUGGAGAGGACCAAGGCUGUUGCGAAAGCUAUGGCAGACAAGCAGUGGGAGAAGGCUGUUCAGCUGCGUGGCAGGAGCUUUGUCCGCAACUUGGAAACCUACAAGAUGCUGACCCGGCUGAAGCCACCAAAGACAGCUUUUGAUGAAGCAGGACGUGGGGUGUCUGCAUUGAAGAAGCAAGACACAUUGUGGGGACAGGAAGGCUACACUCUAGCCGUGAUGCAUAUUGGUGCUCCUUCCUGCGGUAUGAAUGCAGCUGUUCGCUCCUUUGUCCGGAACUGCAUCUACAGAGGUGACACAGUCUAUGGCGUUCAUGAUGGUGUGGAGGGUCUAGUAGCUGGCAAUGUUCAAAUGAUGGGCUGGUCAGAUGUAACAGGGUGGGUUGGACAAGGUGGAGCUAUGCUUGGCACCAAGCGCACACUUCCUGGAGCUAGGAUGCCCCAGAUUGCUGCCCGUUUGAAGGAAUACAAAAUCCAGGGUCUCCUCAUUAUUGGAGGCUUUGAGGCCUACCAAGCUGGUCUCCAACUCACAGAAAACCGGUCUCAGCAUCCUGAGUUUUGCAUCCCCAUUGUAAUCAUCCCUUCAACCAUCAGUAAUAAUGUGCCAGGCACUGAAUUUUCACUAGGCUGCGAUACUGCUCUGAAUGAAAUCACAGAGAUUUGUGACAGAAUUCGUCAGUCGGCUCAGGGUACCAAGCGGCGUGUGUUCAUUAUUGAAACAAUGGGUGGAUAUUGUGGUUAUCUGGCUACUGUUGCUGGUUUGGCUGGUGGCGCUGAUGCUGCAUACAUUUAUGAGGAGAAAUUCUCCAUCAAGGAUCUUCAGCAAGAUGUGUACCAUAUGGCAUCUAAAAUGGCAGAGGGUGUUCAACGUGGUUUGAUUUUGAGGAAUGAAAAAUGUAAUGAAAAUUACAACACUGAUUUCAUCUAUCGCUUGUACUCUGAAGAAGGCAAGGGACUGUUCAGUGCCCGUAUGAAUGUACUUGGCCAUAUGCAGCAAGGAGGGUCUCCCACACCCUUCGACCGUAAUAUGGGCACAAAAAUGGCAGCAAAGAGUGUGGAAUGGAUGGUGGGUCAGUUGAAGCAGCAUUGCCGUGAGGAUGGCUCAAUCAAUGUUAGCUCUCCUGAUUCUGCUGUUAUGAUGGGUAUUGUUCGCCGGCAAUACAAAUUUACUCCACUUCAGGAUCUCAAGGCGGGGACCAACUUUGAUCAACGCAUCCCCAAGGUUCAGUGGUGGCUGAAGCUUCGACCGCUAUUGAGGAUUCUAGCCAAACACGACAGUGCCUAUGAAGAGGAAGGAUUGUAUAUGACAGUGGAGGAGGGCGCGGAGGCAGAUUCAAUUGUAGUUUGAUAUCUUUAGAAAAUUGAGGGAUAGUUCAACUCCUAACAUGCAUAAAUUUUAAAUUAUAUGUAAAAUAUUUUUCAUUUUAGCCUUCUGAAAUCUUUUGUGUUUUGCCUUGCGAAACAUUGUGUUUCACAUUGUUAUGAGUGGCAUCCGUAGUAAGUCAGUCUGUAGUCGCCCCAGUAGAUGUAAUGCUUGUUAUGUUUCAUCAGACAAUGUUUGUGGAAUCAAAGCAUGACUUUUAUUAUAAAUUUAUUUCAGGCCUAGUCCAUCAACCCAGUGAAGCUUCCAAAUCUUUAUCAUUAAUAAGAAGUAAAUUUAAAGAAUUGCCUUUGGAUAUCUUGUGGUGAAGUCAGUCUUAGUGCUUUUGCCCAUUUGCUUCACUUUUUGCCUUCUUGAUGUGACCCUUUUACUAGUAUUACCAAUUUUGAAAUGUGGCACUGGCCAAUGGUUUAACAUGUGAGCAUGAAGUGCCUUUAGUCACUGUUGAAUGCCAUCUCUCUUGUGUGUUCUCUGCUAGAUUGGAUUUUGUAUUUUUUGUUUUAAUCAAUCUUAUAGAUCAAUUGCACUUUUCUCCUAUCACUUUAUUAAUUUCCUCCAAUGUUGUAAAAUGUCUUUGUUUUAAAAUAAAUUUUAUUGAAUUUUAUUUUCAUAAACAGUUGUUUGAGAAUCUUUUUGUUUAGUAUGAACUUUAUUUUUGUUGAGUGACAGAUGUCUUUAUUUUUUUGAUAUUAGUGUGAUAUUAUUCUUUUAGCUUUAAUUUUGCCAUUUAAUUCUCCAUAAGUAACCAAUAAAUCAAAUAUGAAGUCUCAUAGUUCAUUUGGUAUAAUCUGGGGAUUACACAUCCUGUAAUUUGAUGAUCAGCAUCCACUGAAGGAUUCGCUUGGUGUAGCAAAAAUUUAGCUAAGAUGAAGUAAAUGAGUGGUGUAUUCUGCCAUAUACUGUAUUUUUAUUGUAGUGACUACCUUGUGUAUAUCCUAACAAGUAAACAUUUCCUCCAGCUCAAGUUGUGCGGCGGUUGAGUCAUGUAUUGAAAGAAGUUCAAACUGAAGUGGUCAGAUGGUUGUAAAUGUGUUUGUCUAGUCUCAUUUGAAAAGGGCAUCUCCAUUUUAGAGAAGGCAUCUUCUGAUUUAAAUUAGCAGUAUUGAGGAGCCGCUUUGAUGCAACUUGUACCUAAUCUGUGUUUAGUGAUUUGUGUAAAAUAUACAGUUAGUUGACAAAUAAAUAAGAUUUUAGUUGCUUGUCAGCCAAAAAUCAGCCAAUGAGAUGGAAUCUACCUCUACUUGGUUGCAACAGGGGGCUGGCUCCCCAGUCUUCACUCUGUGAAAUUAUGAAAGUGUUCGAUUUUUGGAGAGUUUAUGCUCAAUAAAAUUGAAAAUAUUGAGCUGAA